AUGACUCGGCAGGCUUACGAUUUGCCUCUAAGAAACUAUGUUGCUUCUCCCGGUGUCGAAAGUUCAUCCACGGCCGCAACGCAAUCAACGACCAGUGUUCCAGCCCCGUUCCCCGGAGCUUUGUCUUCCAUCGUUCUUGGGGGUGAUGUCGACAAACCACGCAACCGGGCUCAGUCCCGGUCGAGCACCAGAAACAAGAGUAGCGCUGGGAUCAGUAGCACGGCGCGAAGCAAUACUCCAACACCCCGGGGAUCGCCCUCAGAAAGCAGGCUAGAAUUACUCCAACGCAGAGACCUCAGCCCAACCACUCACGCACUCGAUAAAGUCCACAGGUAUCUCUACUCCAUGGCUCCGCCUCGUCCCAUGGAAGAACUAGCCAAGGAGAAUCGCAGCCUACACCAGCGCAUUGCUGCUCUACAACGGACCGAGACCGAUUUACUCGACGAAAACCAGAAGCUCGCUCACAGGCUGUCCUUGAUCCAAAAGCGGCAUGAUAGUCAGCAGCGAGGAUGGAAGGAGGAGCUGGUUACAAAAGGGAAUGAAUUCGAAGCCCGCAUCAAGAAUCUUGAGCAUCAACUUUCCCAAAAGGAGGAGGAGCUCUCACAAAUCGAAUUUGGUCGGGCCGCGGAAACGACCUUGAGCGACACUGAUAUUACCUCCUGGUUUGCAACAAAGGAGGACACCUGGCGCCAGUGGGCGCACGAUUUUGCCCAUCCGGAUCCCAACAGGGUCCGGCCCGGUCUCCAUCCUCUGCACUUGCGUGAGCUUUGUGAGGGUGUCAAGACUUUCGUCCAGCUCACAGAUAAUGGGGAACUCCCGGAAGAGCUCCUAGCUACCCCCGACGACGGUGUCCGACCCGCUCGAGCUCUUCUCCAUGGGAUGCUAACAGACUUCAUCGUCUCGGAAACGCUCGAAUCGCCAUUUUGGGUGUUCGACGUCAUCUCUACUGACACCUUGGAACUAGAAAGUCCCAUUGUUCCGCGCCUCAACUCCAUGUCGCCAAUCGGGUUUCGGAUGGAUCUUGCCAUGUGGAAUUUCAACAUUGCUCCGCCGCGUCAGGCUAGGUCUCCCCGACCGGUCCCAGUCGUUGACCGCCUCGCGGGGCCCCAGGAUGCGCGGAAACCGCCCCGGCUAGUCACGUCAACGCAACCCCCGAGUGCCUUCACGGGUCCAGUACUAGGGCUUUCUGGCCGAAAUCUGCCGUCACGGCAAGCAAUGGAAGGUCUAUAUCAGCUAUUGUCGGACCGUACUUCCCACGCUCCGGCCCAGGCCAGGAUCAAGUACGCUGGACAACUCAAAGACAGGUUCCUCAGAGGCCCCGCUCGAUUCCUACUUCAAGACCAGGAAGCAACUGGGAUAGAAAAGCUGGAACACAGUCUGGCGCAGGAAAUCGAUGCGGCUCUGCGCUUCUCAUGCCAGCUGUGGUGCCGCCAAGAUACUCCUCUCGUUCGCGGCCUCCAUGAUCUUUCGGACGGGGUUUUCAAUUCCAAUAGCAACGACAUACACCUGUAUCAAACCCAACCGACUGCUCACGCCAAACGAGUUAUCCAAGGGGCUCUCGGGACUGAGCCACCCGCCUACCACGAUGGUCACCCGGUGAUCAUGGUUCUCCAGCCGAGCAUUGGCGUCAGCACGAUCACCGACGCCAAAGAACCAGCCAAAGACGCAAAGUCCAACUCAAGGGUGUGGGCCAAAGCUACUGUUCUGGUGGCAACGCCGAAAGUUCCUGCGCAAGAGCCGCCCCCUGCAGGUGUACAGCCGCCCGCAUCCCCGGACGCCGUUUUUGUCACGGUCGAACCCCCUAUUCCUCCAGCAUCUCCCUCCGGCUCGUCGAGCGUUGCUGGGGAGUCGUCGAAUCUGAUCCUGCCGAGCAUAGCCUUCGAAAAUACGCCGCGACCUUUGAAACAAUCGCCACCUCUCCCGCUACCGCUUGCUGGCUGA